UACAUGUAUUAAAAUGCUUAAAGUGAUUGACUAAUAGUAACUGAAUAUUUAAUAAUAUUAGAUAAUAAUACUAGUAAUACUAGAUGAUACAUGAAAGUAAGCGCCAGUUGACAGAGAUCUUGAGAAGCACAAUAAUGUCGAAUAUAGAAACCCGUAACGAUGUUAUUGAAGACAAUAAUAAUUCUGUUUUUGAGAAAUCAAAGUUGAUAAAAGACAUUUCUAUUAAUAAAGAAAAAAUAUCAAUAAAUAUACCAGACAUAAAUUUUGUUGACAAAAAAUAUGAAAUAAACGGUAAAAUAUUCAAUGAGGCACAAUUUAAAGAUCAUGAGAAAUAUUUAAGAUUCGAAAUUAUUGAUUCAAAAAUGGCAUCGGACGACGCAUCUAUAGAUUUAACAGAACAAUCUGAAUCUUCAUCUAGCACACCAUUAUCUUUGGGGAUACAAAAAGUGCCUAACGGUGUGAUUAUAAACUCGAACGUAUAUUUAUCCGAUCGUAAUUAUCAUACAAUAGUGAGUUUUGAAGAUGGUAGGGGAUAUUGUGGUGUUUGUGAGACUGAUUUCGAAAUAGACUACCAACAACAUAUAAAUAAUGAAGAGCAUAUAAAAAAUUUGAACUCUCAUGUGCCAUUGUGUAAAUAUGAUUUAUGCAUUAUAAGAAAGUUGCAAGAAAAUUAUCACUGCGGUGUUUGUAAUCAAAUUUUUGAUAUAAAAAAAUCUAAAGAACAUUUCGCGUCAAAAUAUCACGAAGAUAAAUUAUUAUUUGCUGUUAAUAGAGUGUCCGAUAUUAUGUACGAUUUAGACAUAUAUAAAGAAAAUAUAGAUUGCUAUCAAUUUAAUGCCAACUCUAUAAAAUAUGUAAAUAAUAUAAAUAAUGAUUUUGAUGGCUUUUAUGAUGCUUCUAAACCAGAAAUUGAUUAUGAAAGCACAGAUGAAAGUAUAUCUGAUAUAGAAGAGAUAGCUAACCCAUUUUCUUAUGCAUCUAUGGCAAAAAAACCACAGAUAACACCGAAAUUUAUUGAGAUAGACAUUGAUGGGGAAAAAAUGAAUGUACGUUUCGAUUCUUGGCAUAUGGUUUUGUCUUUGAAAUCGAAUAAAUAUUAUUGUAUGGUUUGCAAAUUUGAUGGUCAUAUAAGUAUGAAAAUUGACCAUUGUGUGAGCGAAGAACAUAUUUCGAAGUUGAAAAAAUGUACAAUCGUGGAAAAAUAUGUUGGUUUUUUGAUAAGGAAGGUUGACCACAGACUAUAUCACUGUGCGCAUUGCAAUAAUUUACAAUUACUGUCAGAUAUAGAAGAUCAUAUAAGUACAAGACAUCAAAAGAGAAAAAUAAAAAAUGUAACGGAAAAAAAUACAACAUUAAGAAUUGGUGAGUAA